UGCCGCCGCCGUUGUCGGGGUACUACCACCCGAUUCCAACGGGCGCGUACAAACGUAUCAUGCUGGGUAGGGCCGGUGCCGAGAUGCCGGCUUGUAAACGAAACCAGUUUGCUAUCCGAUACGAUCCAGGCAACAGCGGCCUCGCGCGAUAUAUCCUACACGAGCUAAGAUCGUUCCUGCUAGGUGGAAGGAUCCAAAAGCAUCUCGGUCCAAGAACAGACGACAGGAUGUGGGGAUAGGACGAAAUCACCUGACACCCGACCAGGACACACGAGGUGAAAGCUGCUGCUGCUGCUGCUGCUGCUGCUGUUACUGCUGCUGCCUAGUCCACGAGAACAGAUAACGGGGGACAGUUUUUCAGUACAAAUCUACAUGCUCCUACGAUCGGGAUAACCAUUGUCCUUCAUUCUUCUAUCUUCGUGGGACUACUGUUCUUCUUAUUAGUCUUCUUCUUCUUCUUCUUUGUUCUUUUAUUAUUAUUAUUAUUCUUUGUUUUUGUUGUCAUCGUAAUUAUAAAUCUUUCAACGUAUUUGUUGUUCAAAUUGCUGAUCGCGGAAAUAGUUCGCGUACAAAAUUUUAUAUUAUUAUUAUUAUUAUGAUUAUUGAAAGACAGUUGACAAAAUCGAAUUGUUUUUUGUGUAGAUAGUGUAAAAAAAAAAUUGAAUAAGUGGACUUGUCAAGUGUGACGAUAUUAAUCGUAAAAAUAAAUCAACGUAUAUUCAGAUACAUUUAUUCAAUGGUUACGAUCGAGUCUGAUUAUCAGUGAAGUUAUUUUUUCAUAUUUCUUCUCUUCUACAAAAAAAAAAAGAAAGAUAUGAAACUGUCAUGAGAGUGUCGAGAAGAAAGUACAAAUCGGAAAGGCGGGAAUCCUGAGACAAUAAAAGUUAUGAAGAAGAAUAGACUGUGUUAUAACAUCUCGGUAAUAGUAAUUAAGAAAACGAUUGAAUUCUAAUCGUUGAAUAUUGUGAUAAAGUUUCGGGUUCCGAGAUGUCGGCAGUGGCACCGCCAGGAACCGGUGGUGCGGCGCCCGCACCAAACGGUCCGAUUGUUCCGGCUCCUGUUUUUGCUUUACCAACGUUGUCCUUCACCGUCGGUCAGGUAGCCACAGUUUGCGAAACCUUGGAAGAAAGCGGUGACAUAGAAAGAUUGGCUAGGUUCUUAUGGAGUCUUCCAGUUGCACAUCCUAACAUUCAAGAAUUGAAUCAAAACGAGGCAGUAUUGAGAGCACGUGCUAUAGUUGCCUUUCAUUCAGGACAUUAUAGAGAAUUAUACAAUAUAUUAGAAAGAAAUAAAUUUACUAAGGAUUCCCAUGGUAAAUUACAAGCAAUGUGGUUGGAAGCCCAUUAUCAGGAAGCGGAAAAACUUCGUGGAAGACCGUUGGGUCCUGUUGACAAGUAUAGAGUUAGAAAGAAAUUCCCAUUGCCAAGGACUAUUUGGGAUGGCGAACAGAAAACUCAUUGCUUCAAGGAAAGAACUAGAUCGUUACUACGAGAAUGGUAUCUUCAGGAUCCUUAUCCUAAUCCAGGAAAGAAGAGAGAAUUAGCUGCGGCCACUGGUCUAACACCGACUCAGGUUGGUAAUUGGUUCAAAAACCGAAGGCAGAGGGAUCGUGCUGCUGCAGCAAAGAACAGAUUGCAGCAACAAUCGAGUCCAGGAAAUGGAAACAAUCGACGUAAUUUGAGUCCAGGACCUGGUGGUAGCGAUUCCGAAGAUUCAGAUAUUUCAUUGGGAGGAACAUCACAAGCGUCACCAAAUUCCUCACCAACUCCAACUCAUCAACCCUCUCCCGUACCAUUGGGUCCACUUGGUCCACUUCCACCACCCGGAAUAAGUUUUCGUUUCGAUCCAAAUCAAUCGUACCGAUUUAGUCAAACGACAGGCUUCAAAUUCCCUGGUGCUUUUAGAUAUAGUCCUCAUAGUCCUCAACAUAAUCAUCCUAACAUCGUAGGUGGUGGAAUGUUCAGGCUUACUGAAACCAGUCCCUUUCAAGCGGUAGGACCUAGAGGUGAUCUUGGAUCAAGACUGCCAGAUCCACUUGGACUACCACCCCCGAGGUUGCAUCCUCACGAAAGUUUGCUACAUCAUCCCCAUCCGCAGCAUCCUUUACCCGAGGGAAUAUCUAGGAUAUCUGAGGGCUCCAGGUUAUCCGAUGGACUCUCAGAACCACACAGUCCACCAUUGAUGGCAACGAAUCUGUCUGUAACGGGUCCGUUGAGAGUGGCUGUUCCAAGUCCGCACACACCAUCCUCAAGAGGUAGUCCAUCAUCAAAUCAGCCUACUCCUCAGGGCCAGGCUCAAGGUCAAGGUUUAAUAAGGGUCGCUACACCACCGGUUGUCGUUAAUCCAAAACCACCCCAAAUUCACAGGCCAUUUUCGCCGGCGUGAUACGACAGAGAUUCAAACGAAGAAAUCGUUGUUACGGACAACGAAAUUGAUGAUGAUCGUUCGUUGAUGUCAAAUUACGAAGUGUCAACAACCGGGAAUCUACAACAAAGACAUUUCGAAGUAUUGUGAAAAUGUUUCAAUCGAUGAGCAUACACACACAAGUGAGAGAACAAUUGUUCAAUGAAGAAAAUCGUUUCGAAUGAUCAGUGCGCGAUUUGGUGAUGGAAACCUAAGGGUUUGUGAAUUUUCUGGUGAAUAUCUUUGUGAAGAAUGGAAAAUAAAAAAAAAGAGGAGAUGGUGGGGGAUAAGGGACAGUUUUCGAAUAAAACCCUUUUGUGUGAGAAACAAGCAAUAUUUCGCGAAAUAUUUCUAGUGAUUUUGCGACAAAUACUACGACUUCUUUUUUUUUUGUUCUUUUUUUCUUUUUUUGCUUUUGAAGGAUCCGUUUAACCCUUUCACUACUACGGGUGACUAUAGUCACCCGCCACAAAACGACACCCGCACACGACGGGUGACUAUAGUCACCCGUCACACGAUGCCACCUAUACGCGACGGGUGACUAUAGUCAUAGACUAUAGUCACAUAAUUAUGAACAAAAAUCAUUUUGGUUCUAAAAGUAAUGUCACAAAGUCGUUUUUGAGACAAUAGGCUCCGAAUGCUAAAGACUGCGCGCGCUUAAUGUUCCCACUUUCGGUACGGCGCUCCGUUCUAGACGAGGUACUUCGCGGCGAGGCCCACCGUAGCGAAAGGGUUAA